CCCCUUUUGUGAGCCGAGGCCGAUCUUUUUCCAGCACCUUCACACCUUCGCUUCCUUUUCCAACCAACAAUCCAGAGCACACGAUCUCUUGAGAAUCUACUUCCAAAUUUUCAUGACCAUAUGUCUACUUCUCUGUACACCUCAUUCUGGCAGGUUCGCAGCAGCUAUUUGCUUUUAUCGCCACCGCCUCGCUCAAUUUUCCUCAAUGCGCUCACAACUUCGCUCCCAUAUUAGUCUCUUUGAACAUCAGAUGACAGGAGAGAUCGACUGGGCAUCAUCCCAAGUCACAAAUUCGAGCCUUCUUCGCUCCGGUCAUUUUACACACAAUAAAAAUAUCUUCGGUCGCGCCUUUUACCAUAACUUGUAUGUCAACUCCUAGGACAAUCUGUUGAAAUUGGUACGCUACCAUAGCUAGCUUACCAGUCCUUCCAGCACCAGGUUCAACCACUAAUUUAGGGUUCUCCACUCUCAUUUGUCAUGCGU